GGAGUCGCCGCGUCCUCGUCCGCUUGUCUGCGCUAUGUCGGGUGGCCUCCUGAAGGCGCUGCGCAGCGACUCCUACGUGGAGCUGAGCCAGUACCGGGACCAGCACUUCCGGGUGAGGGAGGCCGGGCCGCGAGAGGGGAAGGCCCUGGGCCAGAACGCUGAGAAACGGUUUGCUCUUGUCUCAUUGUAUGCCGAAAAUGCCAUGCGGUACAUAAAUGGAACACGUCUGGAUGACCGAAUCAUUCGCACAGACUGGGACGCAGGCUUUAAGGAGGGCAGGCAGUACGGCCGUGGGCGAUCUGGGGGCCAGGUUCGGGAUGAGUAUCGGCAGGACUACGACGCUGGAAGAGGAGGCUAUGGAAAACUGGCCCAGAACCAGUGAGUGAUGAGAACUCUGUCAGUGACUAGCACUCGUUUGGCCUGUUGAAUUGAUUGAAAAACAUCACCAAAAGUCUGCAAACGAGCCCAUUUUUACCAAGCUUUGAUCAGUGUCUUUACUGAACUGGAAGCCUCUGAAAGUUAUUAAAGGACAGAACCCAAAA